AUGGAGCCUGCCCCGUCCAAGACAGAGGAUGACGGAAUCAGCACAACGGCUUUGACGCGCAGUCAGCUAAAUGGACUACCAUGGUUGGUGAAUUCGUGGCAUUAUUCCAUGACGGAAGACGAAGAGGAUUGGGAGACGGGGCUUGUACCGGCUUAUGGUUCAACCUAUGAAACCGACACUCCCCCCAGCAGCACUGCACCUCGAACCGGAGUGACCUUUCUGUGCCCUGUGAACCCAAAUGACGCCGAGCCUUUGGUCACGUGCAAGAGAAUCGCCAUGCGGAGCAAGUUGAUGUACUAUGAGCCUGAAGACGUCCGCGGAUUAAUCAAGAUGAUCGAGAACGGAGAUCUCAAACUGCCCCCGACGGCUGGGUGCAUUUACACAUUCUCCUUGAAUGAUUGGGAAAGGGUGUUCAAUAUAGCCAGCACUUGCGAAGAGAGCCUUGUCUUGACUUUUAAGGAGACCUGA